UCGCGGGUUCGCGAGCGGUGUGGGAGGUGCUUGAGUGGUGAUCCCCGCUGGCGGAGCCGGCGACAUGGAAGUUGCGUGUUCGCUUGGCCGGCUUUGCCGCGCGUGGGGACUGCCCGUGUCAUGGUGGUGUUGCUGCCCCACUCCAUGCGUCGAAAGGGGGCGGGAUGCGACUCUCAAAGUGACGAAUAUGGGGCUGCGAAGCCCACGCGCCGCCGCUCACACAUCGUGAUGGCGACAGCCCUUUCUGCUUUCUCAUUUUGUCCAGCUCCCUCGCUUUGUCGGAGUCCAACCCUGCUUUCCAGUCCAUUUAUUCCUGUCUCUGCGCUAGUGUAUUGCGACGCUGUGCCCCGGGCCGACUGA